AACGUAGAAGAAGAAGAAGACGGCACCCAGCACCGCCUACUAAAGGAGCUAUCCAGAAUUUAAGGGAUAAUUCUCACAUUUAUUUUUACACUGAAAGGAGAAUUUCUAUUCGACGGAAUUUUAAUGUCAUUUUGUGGAACACAAAAUAGCGGGCGCCGCAGCAAAUGGGACCAGCCCGGCCCCGGGUCUGGCUCCAGUGGGAUGGGGGAGGCUGAGUCUGCUCCUACCGGGGCUCUGGAUGCUGCAGCUGCUGUGGCUGCAAAGAUUAACGCUAUGUUGGUGGCCAAGGGCAAACUCAAACCCUCACAGAUAGGUAUCCCGGGACCACCUGAGAAGGUUGUGGGUGUUGGGAAGCCUUCAGUGCCAACAAAAGCCAAAGAUGACUUGGUGGUUGCUGAAGUUGAAAUCAAUGAUGUCCCGAUAACCUGUCGAAAUCUCCUGACCCGCGGGCAAACACAGGAUGAGAUCAGUAAAGUGAGCGGUGCUGCGGUUUCAACCAGAGGCCGUUACAUGACUACAGAGGAGAAGGGCAAAGCACUUCCAGGGGAUCGACCUCUGUAUUUGCAUGUCCAAGGACAGACGAGGGAGCUUGUUGACAGAGCAGUCAAUAGAAUUAAGGAAAUAAUCACCAAUGGCGUAGUAAAAGCUGCAACUGCUUCCUCAUCCUCUUCAUCUUUCUCCCCAAGUGGGGCUUCAGUCACAGUUUACCAUCAGCAGAACCCACUUCCACCAUCCUUGCCUCCUGUAACCAACCACAAACCUCAUUUUCAGUCAGGGAUGCAUUAUGUUCAAGAUAAAGUAUUUGUGGGUCUGGAGCACGCUAUCCCAGGAUUUGUGGUCAAAGAGCGAGUUGAAGGCCCCGGCUGUUCAUACCUUCAGCACAUUCAGGCUGAGACUGGGGCCAAAGUCUUCCUCAGAGGAAAGGGAUCAGGCUGUUUAGAACCUGCAUCUGGGCGAGAGGCCUUUGAACCCAUGUACAUUUAUAUUAGUCAUCCUAAACCAGAGGGACUUGCUGCAGCAAAAACCUUGUGUGAGAAUCUACUGCAAACGGUCCAUGCAGAGUAUUCUCACUACCUUAAUCAAAUGAGCACUAUGAUGCCAACACAGCAAGGUUUUGCACAGCCUCCAGUAGUGAAUGGGAUGCCUCCUCAGCCUACUUAUUACCCCUCAGCUGGAUACCAGCAAGGAUACCCCAUUCCUGUACCUCAACCUCAGGCCCAGCCUGUUCCUCCACCUUACAAUGUACCACCUCCAAUACCUCCAGUUGCCCCUGCGAGCGCUCCUUCUCCAUACCCUCUACGCCCAGCCCCUGCCCCUGUUACUGCGCCAGCUCUUACCCCCGUUCCUGCCCCUGUUCCUGCUCCUUCUGUUACACCUGCGUCUGCUCCUGCUCCCACUCCCAACACUCUACCACAGACUAUUGUUCCUGUACAUUUCCCUUCGUCUGCUGCAGUGCCACCUAAAGCUCAACCACCUGCCACCCCAGCGAUCCCACCACAGAAAAGACGCUUUACAGAGGAGGUACCAGACGAGAGGGACAGCGGCCUACUUGGAUACCAGCAUGGACCCAUUCAUAUGACUAAUUUAGGUGCAGGCUUCUCCAUGGGUGGCCCAGAGACUUCAGGACCACCACCAUCGAGUUCCUCUGGCCCGGCAAGUGAGAGGGACAGUCGGCAGCUAAUGCCUCCACCACCAUCCCUGCCUGUAAAUGGAGUGAGACCCAAGAUGGAAGAGAGGAAGGCACCACAAGGCGUUGUGGAACCUGCAGUGAAAAGACUGAAAACAGGUUUGGUGGCGUACACCGGAGACUCUUCUGAUGAAGAGGAGGACCACCCCACCUCCAAGGUCUCAGGGCCAGGUAACCCUGGGACAGUUCCUCCAACCUCCACCACUUCAGGGUGGGCACAGGGCUAUCGCUGCCCAGCACCGCCACGUGCCAAAACACAACCACAACAGCAAUCUAUGCCUUUCUGGAUGGCACCUUGAAAAUAUAUUUAAAAAUAAAUCCAAUGUCUCAGUGUUUUCCACAGAGUCUUAAAAAGAUCACCCAAACUGAACCUGUUGUUUUCCACCACUAAUUACGUGUUGAUCACAUGGAUCAUUCUUGAAAGCGAUGUGUUGGUUUCAGGAUUUAGUUCUUGGGUCCAAAUGGAAACAUUAAUGGUUGGGACAACUUCAGUUUUUUUGUUUGUUUGUUUUUCCUGUAUCCUAUUAUACUUUGGAGAUGGAACAUUUUCAGAACAGCUAACUUGAUCCUAUUUUAUGGAUAAAAGGUGAUCAGAAGAGCAAAAUUCUGCCUCCAAUUUUAUUUUAACUUAAAAAAAAAUUACACCCAAUAUGGUUUUUCAAUAUGGUGUCUUUGUAAAUAAAUAAAUAAAAAUAUCAGUGGGCAAUAUUGUUGUACAUCACUUAUCAGUUUUAUUUUACUUUUGAGCACAAUUUUUCCCUGCUGUUUGCACCCUUUUAUUUUUCCUCCCGAUCUCCUUGUCACCAUUUUUCCUGAUCCGUUCGCUCUUCUUUUUGUACAGAUCAUAUUGGAGUUAAAUGUAGUAAACCUGCUGAAUUUAUUUCAUGGUUUUCUUAAAUAAACUUAAUUUAUUGUUG